GCUUGCCAAAGACUAAAAUUGAGGAGCUAAUCUCUCUCGUUCUCUCUCGGAGGAAGAACCCGUGGAAAUUAUUUUUUGACUUCAAUCCCUCAAUCAAUGGAUGGAAAACAUGGUGUGGUUGAGGGUACAGAAAUCAUGGAGAGUUCCAAUGGAAAAGAAUUAGCUGUAUGUGAAGAUGAAAUCAUAGAACCUUAUGUAGGUAUGGAGUUUGAGUCUGAAGAAGCUGCUAAGGUAUUCUAUGAUGCAUAUGCUACACACUUGGGCUUUGUUAUGCGUGUUGAUGCAUUUCGCCGUUCACUGCGUGAUGGCAAGGUUAUUUGCCGCCGACUUGUAUGUAAUAAGGAGGGGUUUCGCCGAAACAGACCCAGACGGAGUGAAAGUAGGAAGCCUCGAGCCAUCACCAGGGAAGGCUGUAAGGCAAUGAUUAUGGUAAAGAGAGAGAAGACAGGGAAGUGGGUUGUUUCCAGAUUCGUCAAGGAGCACAAUCAUCCAUUGGUGAUUUCUUCCUCUGGCAAUAGUCGUCGAAGUUUGCUUCUUUCUCAAACACCAGAUGAGAAAGACAAAAAGAUCCGGGAAUUAUCAACUGAGCUGAUGCGUGAGAGAAAGCGCUCAGCAGCUUAUCAAGAACAGCUGCAAUCAGUUUUGAAAGAUAUUGAGGAGCAUACUCAUCAUUUAUCAAGAAACAUUGAAGAUAUAAUUCAGAACGUGAAUGAUAUUGAAUCUAAGCGGCAAGUACUAUCACAGAGCUGAUAGCCACUAAGCUGUUGAAGUAGCUUCCAUCCUUGUACAAUACACUCUUUUGUUGGAUGGUUUAUGUAUGCCUUUUGCCUAUCCUGAAUGUAUGUUCUUAGAUUUUAGCUAUAAUCAACUUGUACUUAAAUGAUAGUAAGCAUUCUUGGCAGUGCUCUGAACUAAGUUGUGACCUGAGGUUGUCUCAUGAGAAUAUAAUAGGAUAUGGACAUUGGAAUUGGAACAAAGAAUCUUGUAUGCAGUGAUGGAAAAAGGGAAUCUUGUAUGCAUGGUUGUAUCUGAAGAAAAUAUCAUGGAAGGUGUGCAUUUUAUA